AUGGACGACGACCAAGCUUACGUGAUUCUCGAAGGCCUGCCGUCGCCGCAGGUGUACCAUGAUCUUCGCAAGUCUUCGGGCAUGACACCCCCACCAUUAGAAGCGGUACCCAAGUCUCUGGCCAACUCUUUCUGCUGUAUCCUGGCCUACGAGCGCAGGUACAUGACGGACUCGACUACGCCGGGCCCGGACCAGACAGCGGUUGCCAUGGGACGGUUGCUGGGGGACGGUGCCCUAUUCCUCCAGCUCUGCGACGUGGCCGUGCAUCCCGAUCACCAGCGGCGAGGGCUAGGUAAGCGCAUCAUGCAGAGGCUCGUCGACUAUGUCGAUGAAUAUGCGCCGUUUGCCUAUGUCAGCUUGGUGGCCGAGCCCAAGGCGCAGAAGCUGUAUCCGCAGUAUGGCUUCCAGGACGUUAAGCCGAGCGUUGGCAUGUUCAGGAUGAAGAGAGGCCGGCGCAUUCAAGAUGCCGAAGGACAGGAUGGAGAUGUGCCAAAGCAGGGGAAGGCAGGUCCAUAG